AGACAGCCCACGAGGCCCCCGAAGUCGGCCCAAGACGGCCCAAGGUGCACGGCCUGACGUUCGCCCGUCGCCCGUGUUCUGCAAGGCAUGGGUCACGCCCAGUGUUUUCGUCGGCGCUGGCCGCACAUACCGACGAGCGUUCGAUCAAGGCGCAUGCCGAUGUUCCGCGGUGGUCUAGGUGGGUACCACGUACCACAUUGACUGCCUCCGUGGCCGCAUUGGAUCAAGAUACUGCCAAGCAGAACAAAAGACUGUCGUCCUGACACCCUUACCCGCCACAAUGUCGCCCCGCGGAGCGCUACUGUGCUACGCUGUCUCCCUGGCCAUGGCUUCCAGGCUUCGCGCGCCGGAGCAUGCCACGAAUACUUUGUCGGGUAGUCAUUCCAAAAAGCUGAACGCGUCGAACGCUUCUUCGCCAAGGAAUGCUGCCCACCAUACGAACGCCGCUCAGAACCUGACGGACGCGCAGAAGGUGAAGAAGCUCCAGGACGGGCUGAGAUCCAUCCAGCGGGUGCAGGCGCUCUUCGCAGGCGGUAACAGCGGGACCCGUGCCAUGGGUGCCGAGAAGUUCGCGGAGGGGGCGUUGACCGAAGAGUUGUCCAGCAAGGACAGCGCCAUUUGGGCCGUGAUCGACGCCAUGGUGAACAGCACCCAGAAGGUCGCGGCUGAAAUGGUGGGCAAGAGCAGAGAUCAGCAGAAGAAGAUCAUGCAGUCUUUAGAGGCCGAGUUGGACAGCAAGGCUGUCGUGCUGCGCAACGUUACGAAUGAUGCUGGGAGGCGCCAGGUCGUUCAGGACGAGGAGUACGUUCUCGGCCUGUUGAACAUGCACGCAAACCAGUGGUCUAUGGGCAAGCAGCUGGAAACGGUGAAGAAGUUCAUGGCAGCCUCACCAAAGCUAACAGAGUUGUACAAACACCAUAAUGCGAACCAGUCGCUGGCGAUGCAGCUCGCCGCGCUGAUGGACUCCAAGGUGGCCGCCCAUAUGUUUCUCCAGCUGGCCGAUGACUUGCAGUAGACAGCGGGCAGCUCGUUGAUGCGUUCACAUCCAGUCGAUGCUGCCACCAUUGCUGUCGAAACUCCAGGGCCUACGUUCUCGACUGUCCCAUAAGACGGUGCUGCGACCUCCCCCCCCCGUGUAUGGCAUUUGUCCUUCUGGAUCUCCUCCUGAUUGCGUCGUUCGCAGCAUAAUUUGGUCGCCAGUCGGUCAUUGACAGUGUGCUGUUGUCUCAAAAUGGUUCCCAGCGGGGUGUGAUGAUGAUCAUGCCCAGAGUGUCUUCACCACACUUGUUGAUACCCAGCAAGAUUUCUCUUUAGCAAACGUAAGCACUACAUUCAGGAAGAAUGCCAAGUUUGCGAUCGUAUCGGGCCAUCUUGCUUAGACGGGCACAUUGAGG